AUGAUAAAAACACUUUCAAAUUUCUUCACUUUCUUCCAAAGUUCACAACUUUCACACGAUUUGGACACUUACUCACAAGAUUUGGUCAAUUUAUUCACAAAUUACACAAAUUCUUUCACACAAAUGUUUAAACAGUCGAUGGAUAACUGCAAAUUACUUUUAAUUUUCCACCACUCUCCCAGAAAUCCUCAAUCUUCUCAAAUGCUCAUUCAGCUUCUCCAAAAUCUCGAGAUUGUGGAAUCAAUAAACAAAAAUUACUACUUCUACGUGUCAAACGUCAACACCAUCACUGGUAGAAAGUUGGAAGAGCUCCACGCGAUCUCGGAAUUCCCGUCUGUGUCUGUUGUUUUCCCAUUUAACAGUUCCACUGGUCAAUUACUCACCGUUCUGCCCUACUCAUCAAUAACUGCAAAUGAACUCAAUAAAAUCUCAUACCAAUACAAUCCUCUCUUUGUUGAGAUUAUCCAACGAAAGAAUGAAGAGACCCAACGACAACGUGAGCGUGAAGAACAAGAGGCAGAGUACCAAAAAGCACUUCUUCUCGCAAAGCAACAGGAAGAACUCAAAGCCCAAGAAAAUGAGAAAAAAAGAAAAGAGCUUGAAGAGUCUCAAAAGUCAAGCGAGAUUGCAAAGCAGAACGAGAUUCAAUCACAACUCCUCAAAACUAAAAUGAAAGAUGACAUGUUGUCAAAAAAAGCGUUUUUCGAAAAGUUGGCGGAACCAACCGGCUUAAAUGUGUCUUCGGUCAUGGUGAGAUUCCCAAACGGGACAAAGGUCAAAAGGGUGUUCAACAAAUCCGAUAAAAUACAGUUGCUGUACGAUUGGGUGGACUCUAACCAGUCCGCCACACGCGACUACUCCCUCAUCAAGACGCUGACCAAACACAAGCUCUUAGACAAGUCAAAGACCUUUGACGACGAGCAGUUAUGCCCAUCUGCGAUGCUUGUUUUAGAAAUUAAUUGA